GACCAUGAUAUACCGUCUGAACCCGAGUACGCCAAGCAGAUGUUCGGAGGUGGCGGACCAUCUCUGUGGCCGAGAGACGGGAACCAGUCUACGUUCUUCAAACAAGAUGGGAUCGACGUGCGACCAGUCCCCGAUCAAGAGUUCGUUCAAAACAGGCAGAAGCUGCUCGAGGAACUGAAGGCUGAACUCGCUGAGCUGUCCAACCGCAACAUCAUGCGCAGCGGGGAGGGCCCGUCCUGUGAGAGGAUGGACCAGGUAUUGACGCAGUUCGUCAACGGCGGGCUGGUGGGAAGGUUGCACGAGCUACGAAAGACAUCACCAGAUGAGGCAAAGGAGAUCGAGGCUGAGGACGAGCUGCCAGAGGACGCGCAGCGCGACAAGGCAAGCGAGAAACUUCGGCGCAAGUACGCCAAGUGCCAUGGCUACCAUGACUCCCAGAAGUUCAGAGCGAGGUGGGCCAAGCGGAUGCACAGGGACUGGAAGUGCAAGUGGACCAGAACCCAUUCGACGACGCUCACAAAGGCGCAGAUGAAGGACGGUGAGUACUGCAGCAUCGGCAGGAUCGCGAAGAAGGAAGGAGGAGGGCUCCACGGGAUGCAGCUGGCGUUCACAUAUUGCACGAACGCAAUCAUACUUGGAGGGAUGUGGGUAAAAUGGGACGAUAUGACCGAAAGCAUCAAAUUCCUGUAUUUCACGCAUCGCAUGUCUGAGACGUUCAAGGAA